CAUCGAAAAGACAUUCUACUCGUGCGGAGGUGGAAGUACGACGUGCACGUACAGUAUUCGAAGAAACUUCCAGAAAAACACAAUUCGUGUCAAAAACAAUCGAACGAAACCAUGAUUCUCCCUUCGACUCAAACCAAACUCUUCUCAAGUAAGAUGGACUUGCCAGGAAAACCCCUUCGUCCGCUGAAGAAACGGCGAAUCACUACCGUUGAUCCUCCUGAUGAUCUUAUUGGUGUAGAUGAGGUGCAGGGAAGAACAAGAAAUACGAAAACGGUCAAAAGAAGAAAGACAGGCGCUGUAACCCCGUCGCCCCCAUCAUCGCCAAUCCGAAUGAAAAAAUCAGUCAGGUGGGGUGAUCGAAAAACGRUCUUGUCAAGCUUCAAUCCAGGCGACUUGUGGUAUACGGUAAGUCCGCAGGUUUAGUGUCAGGAACUCUAUCGCGAUCAAUGAGUUAAUAUGGCGGUCUUAUUGGAGAUAUACGCAUGAGUCGAUGACUUGAGAUCUCAAAUGAUUGCCUUACAUUUUCAAAAACCUGCUUCGUUACAUUAAUUGAAAAAAUAAAACGAAAGGCGGASAAUUACAAUGCGUUCAUGUUGGAUCGAAUCAGCUCAAUCGAAGCACAUCGGAGCACAAAUCAUUCUCGCACCAUUCUCACCAACGAUGAUAACAACAGUUUCAGUCGUAAACACUGCAUUCGAGGGUUGGAGGCGUUUCAAGAAAAUGACUCAAAUAAAAUUUACAAUUCGAGAAAAAARCUUCAUUAUUCGACCAUCUUCACGGAACAAGCCCGACAGAAGAUGAUGGGAAUCAAUAAACCAGAACGAUACCGCUCUCUAGUAGCACUCCGGAGUGAUAUGGCACUUCGUCGAGCCCAAGAGCUCGCUGCACAUGACGAGCGCGAGGUCUAUGCCUUUCGAACACGUUCUUCGAUGUCUCAAUAUAGCUCUGUGGAUAACCCCAGUAAUCUUCGUCGCAUACGAAUGCAAGAACUCAAAUCCAUUCCUAAUGACCGAUCGGCCUUGUCUGACUUGACUCGACAGGAAUAUCUCAACAGCAACGGAAGAUCUACUCUGGAGAACGGAGUCGGCUCCAUAAAAACAAGACACAAUUUCUCUCCGAUAGAUAUAAYUGGAUCUUGCGAUUCCUCCGUCAUUUCUGUUUCUACAGCAUCGAGUAUAAAAUCUAUGGAAUCAGAAAGCAGUGCCGAUUCUCUAUUUUCAGAAAAAAUUCUAGAACUCCAGCAGCGAAAUGCUCGUCGAUUGAUGGAAAUAUAUUAUCCAAACAGAUAUCAGACAGGAGAGGAUGAUGUGAAAAAACUGUUUCGAUUUUCAAAUCGACAGCGUGUGGUGGGUGUCGACAUUCCUAGCGGCACCAGAUGCAAUCCCAUCAGAGSAGCACCCAGCACUUUCGCUAAGAGUACUGUCGGUGUGAAURCGCCGUUUCGCAGCAAUGCUAURACCGUAGGAGACACUUCCAAUGAAAUURCAUCGUCUGCGAAGAUAAUCAUGAUGGAGAUGCAACGCCGAAGGCGAUUUCAAGAGAAUUUUCAACAACAACUUCAGGAGGUUCAUGAAUUGACCAAUACACGACCGAUAUUUAUCAACCAUGGUAGCGCAGAGUCGAAUGUUACUCGCAAUCACCAACUGACGACUUYAUUCUUUGAAUCCUCAACAAUUCCAGCAACGCCAGCAAGCAACUUGUGGUAAAAUGUAAAAUCCAUUCAGAUAUCMUGAGCUGUGUCAACAYUAGAAACCAAUGAUACUUCACAAGCUAGCAAGUAUCUACUUCCUUAUAACGCUAUAUUAUACCUGUAGGUGCAAAAUGCUACUAACCUAGAAUAUGAAUCAAACCAUGAAUUGCGUUUUCAUAGAAAACGAUACUAAUUACUUCUAGUUAUUUGGGAUCUUUUCACACCGUAAUCAAAUGCUAGGUUGUUA